ACUGCGACGUAUCACCUCUCAGAAGGCCCUGUUCCGCCCAUUAAGGACCACAUCUACAGAGCAUGUGAAAUUCUGAUUGCUCAACAUCCUAACCUCGCGGUCAAUCCCGUGGACGAAGGGAGUCGGGAUCCAUACUUUGCUCGACUCCCAGAGAUCGACCUGGAUAAAUGUGUGUCUUUCCAGCAACGGUCACAGAAAUAUGUGGCUUCAGGCGAUCUCGAGCAGACGUCCAGAGAUGUUGAAUUGGACAACCUGCUGCAAGCUCAGCAUAAUACGCCCUUUUCUCUAGGAUUGCCAUUUUGGAGGCUAUGCAUCUUGACUGAUCCUACUGAUGAUCGGCAUUUCACUGCCUCCUUUGUGUUCCACCAUGCCAUUGGCGACGGUUCCUCUGGAAAAGCCUUCCACAAUACCUUUGCCCGAGCUCUGAGGGAGGUGCAAUCGUUUCCGUCGGGAGAGGCGAAGAAUCUCAUCGUCCCUCCGACUUCUCCGCUGCUACCAAACCUGGAACAACUCCUUCCACUCCCUGUAUCAAUAUUAUAUCUCGCCAAGGAAUUUUUAAACUCCAAGAUUAGACUGAGGAACGAUCCUCUCUUGUGGACUGGAUCACAUAUCAAAACCCCCCUGGUGAAUCGCGUUCGUCAUCUACCGCUAUCAAAGUCGACUACCAUGAAACUGAGAAAGUCGUGUCAAAUGAAUGGGACCACGGUCACGGCAGCACUGCAGACCAUGAUCGCCAGUGUCAUAUUCAAUCAGCUGCCCACAACGUUCAAGAAAUUGCGCUGUAGUGGAGCAAUAUCUCUCCGGAGGUGGCUGCCAGAUAUCAUCACAGAAGAUUCGAUCGGUGUCUGGGUACAGGAAUACGAGGAAGUAUACGAGCGUGAUAACUUCAAGGGGCAGGAGUUUCCCUGGGACGAGGCUAAACGCUCAAGGCAGACAAUUGAGCGCGUCCUCGAACAAAAGGGGAGGAACCAGUCGAUAGGUCUUCUGAAAUAUGUCGCCGAUUACCAUCGGGACCUGUUCCUGUCGAAAGUGGGCAAGCCACGGCACUCGAGCUUUGAGUUGUCGAAUGUCGGUGCUUAUGCUGUCGAUAAAGACAAUCACCCGCACACCCCACAAGUCGGGCGGAUGGUUUUCAGUCAAAGUGCCAACGUCACAGGCAGUGCGGUCGCUAUCAGUGCGAUAACUGGUGGCGACGGGUGUCUGGUUCUAUCUUUUAGCUGGCAGAAAGAUGCUUUGGAUGCGGAGUUUAUCAACACGCUUACAGACGAGUUAAAACGACGGCUGGACGCAAUCAUCGCCUAG